AUGUCUUCAAUUUCUUGCACUAGGCUGACACUGUUUACCAUUGCGGCAGUUACGGUUCAGUUCAUCGGUCUCUCCAUCUUCGUUUUCGGCUUCUUCCCCGUCAAACCACUUCUCACUGGCUACAGUGGCUUGGAGAGUUUCCGACGACCGACCUGCGAUAACGACGGCGCGGCAUAUCAGAGCGAUGCGUCUCUGCCUCCGGAUCGCCUUAGGUUUUUAUAUCAGGAAGUAUCUGAGGUUCCUCCUUUGUAUGAUCGAUUUAUCUUAAUGGUUAUUGAUGGUCUUCCGGCAGAAUUUGUGCUUGGCAAGAAGGGUCAGCCUCCUAGCAAGGCUUUUAUGGAAGCUAUGCCGUAUACGCAGUCGUUGUUGGCAAAUGGUAUGGCUGUUGGCUAUCAUGCUAUAGCUGCUGCUCCAACUGUUACGAUGCCUCGUUUGAAGGCAAUGGUUUCUGGAGCAAUAGGGGGUUUUCUGGAUGUGGCUUUCAACUUUAACACACAGGCUUAUUUAGAAGACAAUCUUCUUGCACAGUUCUUUAAGAUUGGAUGGAAAAUGGUUAUGCAUGGUGAUGAUACAUGGCUUAAAUUGUUUCCUGGAUUAUUUGAAAGACACGAUGGAGUUAAAGAUACUGUACAAGUGGAUCAUAAUGUGUCUCGACAUCUUGGUGAUGAGCUUCGGAGAGAUGAUUGGAAUUUUCUGAUACUUCAUUAUCUAGGCUUGGAUCAUGUUGGACAUAUUGGUGGGCGCAACAGUGUGUUAAUGGCUUCUAAACUUUUUGAAAUGGAUGAAGUGGUGAAGAUGAUUCAUAUAAAUACUUCGCAAGAUCUAGAAAAUGAUAAAGGGAAGACACUUCUGGUUGUAGUCAGUGACCAUGGAAUGACUGAGAAUGGUAAUCAUGGGGGUUCAUCCUACGAGGAAACAGACUCAAUAGUUCUAUUUAUUGGGCCAAAAACCCAUGCCUCUCACUAUUUUUCAUCAAAUCAUGACACAAUUUUCCAGGUUGAUAUUGUUCCAACAUUAGCUUUACUUUUUGGCGUGCCGAUUCCUAAAAAUAAUAUUGGUGUUUUGAUCUCUCAAAUGGUUGACUCUCUGACAGAUGACCAAAAGCUGAGGGCACUGCAGUUGAACUCAUGGCAGUUGUUCAGAUUACUUCAAGCACAAUUGCCUGGUUUGUCCUGUAGAAAUUUUCUCUGUGAUACCUUCAUUGCUAAUAGAGGACCCACAAUCAGUGAUUGUAAAGGUGGGAGGGAGAAGUUUUUUUGUUGCUUGUAUUUAAAUGCUGCUGCUCUCCAUGAUGCCUGGAAGGCUAAAGUAUUCUCCAGGUCUAAUGGUACAGAAGGUUAUAACAGCAUCAUUGCUGCAUAUAAUGAGUUUUUGAGUUCAGCAAGUGAGUGGCUAUCACACAAAGCAACUGAUAAACCAAUUAAUUUACUUGUUCUUGGAGUUGCUGCUUUAAUCAUGUCAUGCUUGAUACUUUUGGGACUUGUGUUUUUCAUCCACAAAGAAGUUCCUUCUUGGGAGAUGGAAGACCAUGACAAUUAUGUGAAGCCAUGGGAAAUUGAUGAGGUGUUCAGUCUGUUUGGCAUCCUGAUCCUUGUCGCCAGUAUGGGAUCAAGUUCCAUGAUUGAGGAAGAGCAUUAUAUUUGGAAUUUCCUAACUUCCACAGUUAACUUGUUAUUUUUUCGGAAAGCAAUACAGUCUUUGGAUCUUAAUAAAGCACGAGAUGCUCUCAGUUCAAUAAAGGAAAAAAGAAAUAUAUCAAGAUGCCAAGUAAGUUCAUUGUUCCUUAUUCUUUUUACUGGGAGAAUUUUGAGAGGCUGGCAUCAAGGUGGUGUCAAUUGGACUAAUCUUCCUGACAUUUCCAAGUGGCUUGAGCAGGCUGGCAACCAGUAUAUAAGCUUGAUUCAGAUAGCAUCAUGUGCAACGGUCAUAAUUUUGGGCAUAUCUAUAUUGUUCAUAAUGCAGUCUAAAACAAAAGUUUUAACAGUUAUUGGGUUCAGCUUGUUAAUGUCUGGUUUGUUGGUAUUGCAACAUUUUGUGAAACAUCAGGACAUGUCUGCCUUGUACAACAAGGAUGCCAACUUAUCAGUACAGAUAUUCUAUGCUGUUCUGGGAAUCACCAGUAUUGCUGUUGUAUUGAUUUUGCCGUGGGUUAUGCCUAUGCAAACUCCUGAAAUAUGCUCAAGGAAAAACAUCGACAUGUCUGCUUCUGUUCCUGUUGAAAUUCAGAACAUGACACGUAUUUUGGUAUUGAAGGAUUCCUUGUACAUAGUUGGAUGCUUGUACAUAACUUCUUGGUGUCUUCUGCAGUUGUUGCUUCAACAACCCAUCAAUGCGAUGCCUGUGCUGCUGCUCUUUAUUCAAUUCUUGGCCAGCAUGAUUACUUUUUCUUCCAGUGGGCCAUGUCAUAAGCAGUGGGUUGAGAUUACUGCUCUGUACAAUCUGGGAAUGGCAGGCCAUUUUGCUCUUGGGAACAGUAAUACACUAGCUACAAUUGACGUAGCUGGAGCAUUUAUUGGAAUUUCAAGUCACUCAACCUUCCUUUCAGGUCUUCUAAUGUUCAUCAUUACUUAUGCAUCCCCAAUGUUAUUCUUUCUUAGUAUGGUGCUGUACAUCUCUGUCAAGGCCACAAUUUAUCCACUGGUUAUUAGGAAUGGAAAUUCUGGAGAAAUUCUCAAGACCCUUCUUGGAUUUCCUUGCUUAGUACCUCUGACCAUAAAUUCUCUUCUCUUGACUGUGUACACAAUUGUCCUGCUGUUGAUGAGGAAUCACUUAUUUAUAUGGAGUGUUUUUUCUCCUAAGUACCUUUAUGUUUGUGCUGCAACUGCAUGUGCCUAUAUUGGCGCCAUCAUUGUAGUUGCUACCGUGAUUCAUACAUACAUCGUGCUUUUUUGGCUGAGAAAGACUUUCUCCUCAAGUAGCAAGGAAAAAGGGGGUCCCAUGGUUCCUAUGCCGCCGCGUUUCCCGGUCCUUCUCUUUUAG